CUACGAAGGUAGGAGUGGAGGACACCCGCAUUCCCUUCGCUUCCUCCGUCCUACACCGAAUCCUCGGAUCCAUCUCCUUCCUUCCCUCCUAUGCUUUUCCUUUCCUUUUUUCUUCUUCCCCAACAAGAACACCACCACCUAGACCGAUGAUCCGUCCCCUCCGCCUCCGACGGUUCUCCCACUCACCGCCACCGCCACCGCCGCACACCGUCGAUGCUGCAUUUCCGGCCCCCCUCCGAGCCCGACUCGUCGGCACAGACAGGAAAAAACGAGGGUUUGCCUUCCAAUUACCUCAAUUUAACUUCGGAACCCGCCGUUGAUCUCCCCGUUUCAGAUGACUUGGGGGAGCAGCGGACGCACGUCAGGAUCCUGGUCUCCGACUCCGAGGCCGACAGCAUCAUCGGCAGGGGCGGGUCCGCCGUCACCGCCCUCCAGUCCACCUCCGGGGCGCUCGUCAAGGUCUCCCGCCGCGGCCAGCUCCUCCCCGGCACCGGCCGCAGGGUCCUCCUCGUCUCCGGCCUCUUUCACCAGGUCAUGGACGCCGCCGAGAUCAUACUCAAGAAAAUCCUCUACCAGGGCGGCCAGGUGAUCGACGAGCGGGCCACCGUCGUGCUCGUGGUGCCCGACGCGUCCUGCGGCGUGCUCAUUGGCAAAGGGGGAACGAACAUCAAGUCACUAGCUGAAGUAUCAAAUGCUGGAAUUGUGAUCUCACCGCACGACAAAUACUAUGGUCUGCACGAUAGGCUGGUUACAAUCACAGGAAACUUGGACAACCAGCUGCAGGCGAUAUUCUUGAUACUUUCUGAGUUGCUGGAGGACGAUCGCUACUCACGUAUCUAUGCAGGAGCAACGGAGAGAUCAGCAGCCAUGUCGGGGUCCUCCGAUGAAGAUAAUUCUAGGGAGACAGAUACCCUGCCUUCUCCUUUGCAUUUGACGCCCGCGAUCGGACUCCCUGUACCUGACAUUCUCGAUACAAGGUUGGAGACUUGGGAUGAUCCCACUCCAAGGGAAUCUGAAUUUAGUCUCAAGGACUUGGGGGAGCAGUGGACGCACGUCAGGAUCCUGGUCUCUGACUCCGAGGCCGGCAGCAUCAUCGGCAGGGGCGGGUCCACCGUCACCGCCCUCCAGUCCACCUCCGGGGCGCUCGUCAAGGUCUCCCGCCGCGGCCAGCUCCUCCCCGGCACUGGCCGCAGGGUCCUCCUCGUCUCCGGCCUCUUUCACCAGGUCAUGGACGCCGCCGAGAUCAUACUCAAGAAAAUCCUCUACCAGGGCGGCCAGGUGAUCGACGAGCGGGCCACCGUCGUGCUCGUGGUGCCCGACGCGUCCUGCGGCGUGCUCAUUGGCAAAGGGGGAACGAACAUCAAGUCACUAGCUGAAGUAUCAAAUGCUGGAAUUGUGAUCUCACCGCACGACAAAUACUAUGGUCUGCACGAUAGGCUGGUUACAAUCACAGGAAACUUGGACAACCAGCUGCAGGCGAUAUUCUUGAUACUUUCUGAGUUGCUGGAGGACGAUCGCUACUCACGUAUCUAUGCAGGAGCAACGGAGAGAUCAGCAGCCAUGUCGGGGUCCUCCGAUGAAGAUAAUUCUAGGGACACAGAUACCCUGCCUUCUCCUUUGCAUUUGACGCCCGCGAUCGGACUCCCUGUACCUGACAUUCUCGAUACAAGGUUGGAGACUUGGGAUGAUCCCACUCCAAGGGAAUCUGAAUUUAGUCUCAAGGACUUACGUGGGGCAUUUAUUGCUGCUGCAAGGCAACAUUCCAGCGUCAAUACCAUGCCACUGACUCGGGAGGAGAGGCUCAAGCGUAGAGAUAAGAAUGAUAGGAAUAGUUUGAUGAUAGCAUUGGAAGUAUAUACCAAGAAACAUAAUUUGCAGUCCAGUGAUUUUGAAAUUGUGCAAGUCCAAGAGAGAAAUCUUAUUGAUGAAUAUGGAAAGGGAUAUAUACAUUUCAACUUUGUAGUGAGAGGGUUAAAUGGUGAAGUAAAAAAAUUCUUUGCUGAAGUACAUCCUAACAUUAAAGAUGACACAGGUGUUUAUCUGUGCACACCAUUGGAAGAAAAUGACAAAGGUCAUUGCUACGGGUGUAAAGAUCGGGCUAAUGGUCUUGCUCACCCCAAUGGAGGUGGUUUCUUAGGCGGCCAUAAAGAAGUUGGUUUUCCAUUUAUGGAGUUUGAGGAUUGAAUGCUAUGAGAUAGCCGCUUAAAUUCAUUUUCAUGCAGGAAAGAAUAGGCUCGCCUUUAUCUGAUUGGCAUGAAUUUCUGCAAAGAAACAUAUUCUGUGAGGCAAUACAUAUUAUGUGCAUGCUAUCUGUUGGAUAUUAUGCUUGUGAGCUACUCUCUGGUUGUUCACCUAAUACAAGCCUGAACACCUGUGCAA